AUGUUUGACGAAACUAUUGGUCAUCCCUUGCUUGCACAAACCAAGCAAGCCUUCCCCUGCAGCUACCAUUCUCCUCUGCUCGAGCCUGGAAGCUACUCGGAGGAUGAGCACAGCCGAACGAGUAGAGCUCCCGGUAGAGGUGGCGGGAGAGCCGGCGGCAGAGGCGCUAGCAGUAGCGGCAACGGUCGGGAGAAGGUAGCAGCAGGCAGUGGAAGGGACGGUGUAGACAGAGCGGACCGCCAUGACCGACGGCCAAGUGAGAAGUGCCUGGACGAAGAUAGUACUGAGAACGAGAGUAAGGACGAUCCUACUGAUAGCUGUACUGACGACGGCUUUAGCGAGAACGAAGAAGCCAGUGAUGCCAGCGACAAUGAUGGCAGCGAUGUUGACGGCAGCGACAAUGACGGCAGCAGCAAUCGCUCGUCGCCUCGAAGCAGCGACAGACGCCACACAAGUCCGCUGAAACAACCGGCGACUCAGCAGCAGCCGUCGCACGCAGCUUCGCACCCCGAAAGGCAUCACCCGCACCAGCAGCAGCAAUAUGAGCAGCAGCUUCAGCAGCAGCAGCAGGUGCGCGUUCCGCCCAACAGUUACCGUCGCUCUCAGUCCGCCGGCCGGUCCGAACUUCGAGAUUACCGAGAACCUAACCGAAACGGGGAGCCUAGUAACGAGUACGCAGAUACGUAUGUGACCCGCAGCAGGACACGGGCGUCCGCUGCGUCAGUGGACUAUUCGCAGAGAGUGCCAGCGGGACACUACGCCGCGGAGCACGAGCAGGAGCGCCACCAGCACCGCCAACUGCGCAUCAGCGCACCCCCACCUCCGCACCAUAAGCGCUACGCUUCCGCCGCCGCCGUCCCCGCGAAGAAUCGCUCCGUUAGUCUUUCCGCGGCGUCGUUAGACCAGGCAGCCGCCGCGAUCGCCGGCGCCUCUGUCGGCAACGAGCCCGCGGAGCCAAUGCAUGGUAGCAACGCCGCGUACGCCGGUACUGGCGGCGGGAACUGCGGGGCGCGGUUGCCCGCGGGGAACGCUGCGGGUGGGCGGCUGGCUUCCAACCAGGCGCGGUCAAUGCGCAAGUGCAUCAGCGGGGAUCGCGCUACUAUGGGGAGCGGUUCGAUAGAUCUAGACAGGUGCAAGCAGGGAGGGCCGGGGAUUGCCCCUCGUGGUGCUGCUGGUGCUGCAGGGGGGUGUAACGCGCCGCGGCCUAGUGGUAACCAGCCGGGUAACCAGCAAUGCGCACAGCCUACAUCCCCUGGUGCUCUGCUGAUAGCCCCCGCUCCCCCCCCAAACCCAUCAAUGUCGGCCCGCCUCUCCGAAGCUGCAGCUUAG